GGCUGUGCUUGCCCCUGGUUCGAGAAAUUUUGAUAUCGACUGUGCGACUACCGAAGCGCGGUCAGCACAGUGGACACGACUACUUUUUGUCAUUCGAUGACACGGAGCCAAGGCCAGUGAUCCUCGUCAGAGCAGUAUCCACCAUCUAGGCCGUCGCCCGCCCCUUCUUCGCCUUGAUAAGAGAAAAACAGCGCCAUGGAAGCACAGUCUAGGUUACCGGACGGGGAUGAAAGCCGUUCACAAGGUGGAAUGUCUCUUCGCCCUCAUACAGAAGGGCCAUCGGUGGUCUCAUCUGCCGAUUCGCCGGCCUUGACCAGUACGUCGUCACCUCAACCUUCGCAGCGACCGGCCCUCACCACCCGCGGAGGCACCCACUCCGAUAAGAAACAACUGCCCCCCUCCACAAAUCCUAGCAGCAAAGUUGCCAUCCCCAGACAUCGUUCCGGGGCUGCCCCACGUUAUAGUCGUCGCGUACCUCUUGCUUGUGAGUCGUGUCGGCAACGGAAGACCAAGUGUAGUGGGGACACGCCGGUGUGUAGACAGUGUAAGGAGCUGCGGGUCAGCUGUCGUUAUCCGAUCUCGUGGCGUGAACGGACCAAGACGCAGCUGGACAAACUUUCUACCAAGACCUCCGAUUAUGAAAAUCUCCUGCGGGAGCUAAAUUCCGUGGUGGACGGUCGCGCUGCCGAGCGAAUAAAACAUGUUUUGGAUAAGCAUUCAGGUAAUGGAGAAAGCACGGCGACGUCCACCGAAGCCCAUUCGAGUUCCGUAACGCCGCAGGACGACUAUGCAGACGAUGAUGUCUCCUCAACUUCAUCAAUCGGAUCACUAGACGCAAUCGAUCGUGUCGAAGAAGACGUGAACCGAACGCCAAGCUCUCGAGCGACGGGCUAUAUGGGCAAAAACUCGGAGGUCAUUUGGAUGCAGCGAGUGCGCAAGGAGGCCGAACAACGAUCACGCAGACUGCCCGGUUUUCACGAAGCGGAUAAAGAAAGCGAUUUUGCCAUUCACUCCGUCAACUACCACCUGGAUGAUAUGGACAUUUCCGUCCCCGGCCCCGUCCAUGUGUAUUGGAUGCCACCACGGAAGGUCGCCGAUCAGCUCUUUCAGGAUUACUUAGACACGGUGCACCCGUUCUUUCCAAUUGUUAACCGCACCCUGUUUUCCGCCCAAUACAAAACAUUCUUCGAUAGUGCAGCUCGACCAGGAGACAAAUGGCUAGCUAUCCUGAAUAUGAUUUUCGCUAUCGCAGCCAAGCAUGCUCAUCUCACGCAGGCGGCCUGGCGGGGGGAUGAUAAUGAUCACCUGGUAUAUCUCACUCGAGCUCGGAUACUCAGUAUGAACGGUGAUGUGCUAUUUAGUCAUCCCGAUCUUCAGCAGGUUCAGGUGGAAGGAUUGAUUGCUUACUAUCUCCUAUCUACGGACCAAAUCAAUAGAUCCUGGAGAAUCGCAGCUCUAGCCAUGCGGUCUGCUAUCACUCUAGGGCUCAACAUGAAGAAUACUAGCGAAAGCACAGCUAAGGUCUCCAAAGAGGCACGCUAUCGGGUCUGGUGGUGCUUGUACACGUUUGAGCACAUGCUAGGUAUCAUGACAGGACGCGCUUCGUGCAUUAGUGAUGGUAUCUGCACAGCGCCACUGCCACUGCCCUUUGAUGAGGAGCAACUCUCAGAACCGGCUGCGACAAGGCUUCUAAACAAUCCAGAAAUCCGCCAAGACUACAUCGAAGCUGCCCUUGCUAGCUCAUCUGUUCGUCAGAUGCCAUCUAAUCCUCGCGGAGGCAGAGAGGCUGAACCGUCAGAUAAAGCGCGCGAUACUUCGUGGCUGCGAAAUUUGCCUCCGAGCAGCGCUCUGGGCUUCCUCUAUUAUGUUGACCUCGCGGUUAUUGCGCAAGAAAUUGUCAACCGGGUCUAUUCCCUCGAUUGCCUUUCCAUACCAUGGAGUCAUAUCGAAAACAGGAUCGGUGAGCUGCGGUCCCGGAUUGAUCUGUGGUACCAAAAUCUCCAUGAAGCGUACGACUUCUCUCGAAGAGAGGAUCAGGGCACAGAUGUACUUCGUGUCAAGCUCUUCCUCGCUUUUCAUUACUACAGCGCACGGAUAACUCUGGGGCGACCAUGCCUCUGUCGCCGCGACGCACGGCAAGCGGCCGCUAACAGAAAAUCGACCUUCAGCCACGACAUGGCGGUUGUUACAUUAGAGGCUGCUCGACGUAUGCUCGAUUUGAUGCCGGAUGUGCCAGAUGCAGCCCGCCUCUAUCAGAUUUGCCCUUGGUGGUGUAUCCUGCAUUACCUCAUGCAAGCCGCCUCGGUCCUACUGUUAGAGUUAUCCUUUGGUAGCAUUCACAUGCCAGAGGACGAAAGGAAUUUUCUUGAAAGUACUAAAAAGGCCAUCCGUUGGCUCUUUGCGAUGGCACAGAAUAGUCUUGCGUCUCGACGUGCAUGGGAGUUAUGUCAUGGUAGUCUGCGGCAAAUUGCCUUCGGGAUGGACUACGACAUCAGCGAUAUGCCCGUCUUCGGGUACGAUCCUCGAUUACAAAAUGGGAUUUCAUUUGGCCGAACCGCCAACUCGGAUCCCAUGCUCUAUCAAUCUACAUCUGCUGACAUGGGUGAAUCCCUCGUUGCUCCUCAAUUUUCCAAUAUGCACCAGAAUUCUGAGUCGUUUACUACGAACCAUCACCAGCAACAGCAGCAGCAUCAUCAACAACAACAACAUUUUUCAGACAUGCCGGCGAACUUUAUGCCUACCGAUCCCAGUCCCGGCGCCGACGCGUAUUUCCCGUAUGAUCCAAUCAGCGGCGAGUUCAUCCGGUCUUUCUUCCCAUCCUCCGGAGACGAUGACCAACCAUGGGGGUAAAAAUGAAGGUUUUUCUUACCCAUUUCUAUCUCCAAUAAAUCGAUCAGACAGCUACGUUCACUGUAAAUAUUACAAUGCUCUUUUUCAUUGUCUUUUCACCACGUUACUCCAUGAUAACACACAAUCUGAACGGCCUUAUGUUGUUCUUCAUUGUCCUUUCCAAACGUCUUAUACCUUUGUUCGCGA